AUGUUGCGUUCAAUUGCUUCCAAAAGACUCUUCUCGUCGUCUAUAGUGAGAAGAGACACUUUAGCUUUUAUUGAGGUUGCCAACGGCAAGGUUUCUGCUGCUUCUUUGUCGGCCGUCAGUGCUGCCAAAGCCAUUGGAAAACCCAUUUCUGGUAUUGUGCUUGGCCCAGAGGGAGAGAAGGCUGCCGAGAGUGCUGCUAAGAUUGACGGUUUGUCGAAAUUGCUUGUUGCUAAGGAUGCCAAGUACGACCACUACCUUGCUGAGGAAGUGGCUCCUUUGUUCAAAGAGGUUGUCACCAAGCAGAACUUCACUCAUUUUGUCACACCAGCUUCUGCUGUAGGCAAAUCGUUCUUGCCUCGUUUAGGUGCUUUGCUUGACGCUCAGCCUAUUUCUGAUAUCACCAAGGUCUUGGGUGAGGACACUUUUGUGAGACCUAUCUACGCUGGUAACGCUUUGGCUACCGUCAAGACCAAGGAUAGCAUUGUUCUUACAUCUGUGAGAGCUUCUGCUUUCCCACAGGCCGAGUUGACUGGCGGUGCAUCUGUCGAGGAAGUGUCUGAGUCGGUUGAGUCUGGCAACAGAACUGAGUUCGUUGGUGAAGAACUCGUUACCUCAGAAAGACCAGAGCUUGGCUCUGCUACUAGAGUUGUUGCCGGUGGCCGUGGUUUGAAGAAUAAGGAGACUUUCGACUCUAUCAUGAACCCAUUGGCCGAGAAGCUCAAUGCUGCUAUUGGUGCUUCCAGAGCUGCUGUGGACGCUGGCUACUGUGACAACUCUUUGCAGGUUGGUCAAACCGGUAAGAUCGUUGCUCCAGAAUUGUACGUUGCUGUUGGUGUUUCCGGUGCCAUCCAGCAUCUUGCUGGUAUGAAGGACUCUAAGACCGUUGUGGCUAUCAACAAGGAUCCAGAGGCCCCAAUCUUCAAUGUUGCUGAUAUUGGCUUGGUUGGUGACCUUAAUGAGACUGUACCUGAGUUGGUGUCAAAAUUGUAA